CGAUCGUUGAUUUAACAAGUACAGAUCUGAAUUUGUGUUGAAAUUAAAUUAAAUUUAAUGGAGGAAGAAACCACAUCAGUAACCUUGAAAAAGUCACUACAAUCAUCGAAAGAUUUUGUUGGGCAAAAAUAUCAUAAUCUGACCGAUUUCAUCACCAAAACGUAUACGGUAAAUAAAGACAAGGGACGCACCAAGAGACUGAAAAUUACAUGUGUCAAAUAUGCUCUAAUAUUCAUGGACAUUGCCUAUUUGCUAACGUCUCUGGUUAUGAUCAACAUUGGAGUGUUUAGUCGCAUUGUAUACGUAAAUUUUCGAUCUGUUUAUCAAUUCGAAAUGCUUCCCAUCUGUUGGAUUGCUACCGGCGCCAUUUUAUUAUUUGUAUCGAUUUUUGGUUUAAUCGGUGCAUUUAAUGAGAGCAACAUCUCGACAAAUAUCUUUGGUGUUUUGUUGACGAUCGUCUUUGUAAUUCAAAUAUCGAGCGCAAUAUAUGCUUUCCAAUUUAUUGGUCAAUCACAAUGGAUUGCUUCAACUACCACCGAGGGGCUGAUGAAUUGGCAUUUGACCUACAAUGAUAAUCCCUUAAUUAUGGAUUGGAUUCAACGGCACUAUAAAUGCUGCGGCAGCGAUGGACCAAUUGAUUGGAGUCAAUAUUAUCCAUACAAACAGGCUAGGUCAUACGGCUACAGUUCUUACUAUGCAUCUUCAACAACAGAAUCUACCCCUUUGUCCUAUCGAAUGCCAUCGUCCUGUUGUGUUGAUGAAAGUAAUUACAACAAUUUAUCCUGCGACAAGUACUAUCAAAACGGUUGUACCAUCCAUGUUCGUGAGAUGAUUUCCGCUACCACUAUGAUUGUCGGAUCGGUGGCGUUAGUUAUUGCAGUGUUUGAGGUGCUGGGCAUAGCAUUUGCAUUUGCAGCCGCUAGAAUCUUCCGAAAAACAAAAUCUUUGGCAGAGAUGCAACUUUACGAUGUCAUAGGCAAUUCAACAGCGAACAGGGAACAAACGUCGAAAGCUGGUGAAAGUUUGGAAACGAUUUGAAAACACUUCAAGGAUUGAGAGAUUUAUACAUCGCCCAAAACCACUUACAGUGGAGGCGUGACGCAAGUCAUUUUAGCCACUUACAAAAGAACUGAUAUCGGUGGAGGGGACGCUUACAGCUUUGACUCGCAAAAAGAAAAGCAAAAAUUUUACGAAAUAAAUUCUAGAAAAAAAAAUCCUAAAAAAUGUUGCGUCACAAAGUGGCA